UUGAGGAAUACAAAGCUGACUUGCAGACUGAAGGAAAACGGGUCCAGGUGGUAGAAGAAAAAAGGCAAUUUAUUCUUCCUUGUUCAGAUCUCAUCUGUUCUCAAGACCAUUUCACCUAAUGAUAACAAGCUUAAAACAAAGAAGAGGAAGAAGAUACAACCUGUUAUUGAGGAAGACAGAUGGACACAAGGGACAGAAAGAAUGGCAAAGCGUUCACAAGGCAAGUACUGUUUAUCUCACUGUUCUGUUUCUCCUGCUGGGCUGUCUCAAAGCAUAUUGAUUAUUCAGUACCUGAGGAGAUGGCAAAGGGCUCUGUUGUGGGGAAUCUGGCAAAGGACUUGGGACUGAAUAUCAGGGAACUGGAAAAACACAAUCUACAUCUGGUCUCUGUUGCUAAAAUGCAGUACUUCAGCAUCAAUUCAGAGAAUGGAAACCUCUAUGUAAAUGAAAAGAUAGACCGAGAAGUAAUAUGUGGGAAGGCUCCACUCUGUCUUCUUAGUUUUGAAGUUGUGAUUGAGAAUCCUUUGAAUGUUUUCCAUAUAACUAUAUCAAUUGAGGAUAUUAAUGAUAAUGCACCUCAUUUCUUGGACAAUAACAUCAAAUUAGAAAUAAGUGAAACCACUUUACCUGGAACUCGAUUUCUUCUUGCAAAAGCUGAAGAUCCUGACAUUGGAACAAAUUCCCUCCAAAACUAUGACCUUAGUUCCAAUCUGUGUUGUACUUUGGAAAUUGGAGAGAGAAAAGAUGGAAAUAAAUAUAUAGAACUAAUGAUACAUAAUCCAUUGGAUCGUGAAAGUGAACCAAAUGUACAUUUGAUCCUUACAGCCAUGGAUGGGGGUGAACCAAGAAAAACUGGGACUGCCCAUAUAUGGAUUAAUGUCACUGACGCCAAUGACAACCCACCCAUAUUUACUCAAGAGCUCUAUAAGGUCAGAUUGGAGGAGAAUCUUCCAGUUGGGUCCCCUGUGCUCCAGGUUAUUGCUUCUGAUAAAGAUGAUGGUACAAAUGCCCAAAUUAGAUAUCAUUUUGGCAAUAUACCUGGAAAUAACCAUCCCAUAUUUCAUUUGAAUCCAAUCAAUGGCAAAAUUACACUUAUGGCCCCUUUGGAUUUUGAGGAAACUGCAGAAUAUACAAUAACAGUAGUAGCAAAAGAUGGUGGUGGCUUAGAAGCAAACAGCAAUAUUGAAAUAAAAAUAUGUGAUGAGAAUGAUAAUGUACCAGAGAUAAACCUGGUCUCCUUGUUUAGUUCACUCUCCGAAAAUUCUCCACAUGACACAUUAAUUGCUCUAAUUAAUACAAAUGACAAAGAUGCUGAUGAUAAUGGAAAAGUUACAUGUCAUUUACAAAAUGAUAUUCCCUUCAAGAUCAUUCCUUUUUCUAAUAAUUACUACAAGCUCCUAAUAGAUAGACCUCUGGAUAGAGAAAGAACUCCUGAGUAUAAUAUUACAAUCACAGCAUCUGACAAGGGAACUCCUCCGCUGAGCACACACAAAACCAUCUUGCUGCAGAUCUCUGAUAUCAAUGACAAUGCCCCUGCCUUUGAGAAAGCUUCCUACAGCAUCUAUGUGCCAGAGAACAAUCCUUCUGGUGCCUCCAUCUUCCAGAUUCAGGCCUUUGAUCCAGAUGUGGACCAAAACUCACAGAUCACAUACUCCAUCCUCACCAGCAACAUUGAAGAACUUCCCAUCUCUUCCUACGUCUCCAUUCAUUCUGAGACUGGCACCAUCUAUGCCCAGCGAUCCUUUGACUAUGAGCAGUUCAGGGAAUUCCAGCUGCAGGUGAAGGCCCAAGAUGGAGGUAGUCCCUCUCUCAGCAGCAACGUUACAGUCAGGGUGUUUAUCCUGGAUCGGAAUGAUAACAGCCCCCAAAUCCUGUCCCCUUCACCAGAAUCCAAGGACUCUUCCCUCUUUGAGGUGGUUCCUCGUUCAGCCGAGGCAGAUUAUCUGGUAACAAAAGUGGUGGCCGUGGAUGCUGAUUCCGGACACAACGCCUGGCUCUCCUACCACCUGAUUCAAGCCACAGAGCCGGCACUCUUCACCGUUGGCUCUCAUACGGGUGAGAUCAGGACAGCGAGAACCUUUUUGGAGAGAGAUUCCAUGAAGCACAGACUUGUUCUUCUGGUGAAGGAUAAUGGGCGGCCACCUCUCUCAGCCACCGUCACUCUGAACCUGGUGUUUGCUGAGAACUUCCAGGAGGCCCUUCCAGAGAUGAAAAACCAGAUGAACAGCUCAGAGGAUCAGUCUGACCUGCAGUUCUAUUUGGUGUUGGCCUUAGCUGUGAUGUCAUUCCUAUUCCUCUUCACAGUGAUUCUGGCGAUUGUGGUGAAAUUUCAGAAGUCAGGGAAUACAAGACUCCUACAGUGCUUUGGUCCUGCUCCCCAUUCCACAACUGGGGUCAUAUUUCCACCCAAUUUUCAAGAUGGGACUCUGCCUUAUUCCUACCAGCUUUGUCUCUCCUCAGAAUCCAGGAAGAAUGAAUUUAUGUUCUUGACACCAAAUGGUUACACUGUUAAAAAUACCCUUAGUGAUGAGAAUAGUGUUCCUUUUGUAGGCAACAAUGAAAAUCAGUUAAACUCAGAAAUGGAGAAUGGCAUUAAGAUGGAUAGAAGGAACAAAGACAAUGGAAAGGGAGACAGAAGGCAAGUAUUGCUUCUCUUAUUAUUAUCAUGUUCCUGCUGCACUGCUUCAGAAGAAAUUCACUUUUCAAUACCUGAAGAGCUGACAAAGGGAUCUGUAGUAGGGAAUCUUGUCAAGGAUUUGGGACUGAGUAUCCAAGAGUUGUCUAGGAGAAAUUUGCAUGCUAUCUCUAUAGCUCAAAUGCAGUAUUUCAGUAUCAAUGCCAAAAAUGGAAACCUCUUUGUGAAUGACAGAAUAGAUAGAGAAGAACUAUGUGACACAGUUCUUAUUUGUCUUGUUAAUAUGGAUGCAGUACUGGAAAACCCUCUGAAUGUUUUUCAUAUAUCAGUGACAAUCCAGGAUAUUAAUGAUAAUGCACCCAAAUUCCUCAAUGACAAUAUCAGUUUGGAAACAAGUGAGCAAACUUUGCCAGGCACAAGAUUUCAGGUAGGAAAAGCGGAAGAUCCAGAUGUUGGCCUCAAUUCUCUCCAGAAUUACAUACUGAGUCCCAAUCAAUACUUUUCACUGGAAGUUAGAGAGAGAAAAGAUGGGAUUAAAUAUGCAGAACUGGUGCUGCAGAAACCCCUCGAUCGGGAAAGCGAGCAGAGCCUUCAUUUGAUACUUACAGCCAUGGAUGGGGGUGAACCAAGGAAAACUGGGACUGCCCAUAUAUGGGUUAAUGUCACGGAUGCUAAUGACAACCCACCCAUUUUUACUCAAGAUACAUAUACAGUUAAUUUGAAAGAAAAUGUUCCAGUUGGAUCCUUUGUGCUUCAGGUGGAAGCCUCUGAUAAAGAUGAAGGGACAAAUGCCCAAAUCACAUAUCAUUUCAGCAAUUUACCAGCAAUUGCAAAGGAGAAAUUCAGCCUAGAUUCCACUAAAGGAAUUGUCAUUCUUAGAGGCCUACUGGAUUUUGAGGAAAUGAAAGAAUAUACAAUGACAGUUGCAGCAAAAGAUGGAGGCGGAUUAAUAGCACACUCCAAUAUUGAAAUAAGUGUUCUAGAUGAGAAUGAUAAUCCCCCAGAGACAACCUUAAAUUCUGUGUUCAGUCCAGUUCCUGAAGAUUCCCUCCCUGGAACGCUGAUUGCUCUCAUCAGUGUAAAUGACAAGGAUGCUGGUGAUAAUGGUAAAGUUACAUGCUAUUUGCAAAAUAAUUUGCCAUUUAAGAUACUUCCAUCAUCUAAAAAUUACUACAAGCUCAUGACCGAGAGACCUCUGGACAGAGAAAAAACUUCUGAGUAUAAUAUUACAGUCACAGCAAUGGACAAAGGAACUCCUCCACUGAGUACAUACAAAACCAUCUUGCUGCAGAUCUCUGAUAUCAAUGACAAUGCCCCUGCCUUUGAGAAAGCUUCCUACAACAUCUAUGUGGCAGAAAACAAUCCUUCUGGUGCCUCCAUCUUCCAGAUUCAGGCCUUUGAUCCAGAUGUGGACCAAAACUCACAGAUCACAUACUCCAUCCUCACCAGCAACAUUGAAGAACUUCCCAUCUCCUCCUAUAUCUCCAUUCAUUCCGAGACUGGCACCAUCUAUGCCCAGCGAUCCUUUGACUAUGAGCAGUUCAGGGAAUUCCAGCUGCAGGUGAAGGCCCAAGAUGGAGGUAGUCCCCCUCUCAGCAGCAACGUUACAGUCAGGGUGUUUAUCCUGGAUCGGAAUGAUAACAGCCCCCAAAUCCUGUCCCCUUCACCAGAAUCCAAGGACUCUUCCCUCUUUGAGGUGGUUCCUCGUUCAGCCGAGGCAGAUUAUCUGGUAACAAAAGUGGUGGCCGUGGAUGCUGAUUCCGGACACAACGCCUGGCUCUCCUACCACCUGAUUCAAGCCACAGAGCCAGCACUCUUCACCGUUGGCUCUCAUACGGGUGAGAUCAGGACAGCGAGAACCUUUUUGGAGAGAGAUGCUGUGAAGCAGAGACUCGUCCUUCUGGUGAAGGAUAAUGGCCAGCCACCUCUCUCAGCCACUGUCACUCUGAACCUGGUGUUUGCUGAGAACUUCCAGGAGGCCCUUCCGGAGAUGAAAAACCAGAUGAACAGUGCAGAGGAUCAGUCUGACCUGCAGUUCUAUUUGGUGUUGGCCUUAGCUGUGAUGUCAUUCCUAUUCCUCUUGUCAGUGAUUCUGGCCGUUGCCAUCAAGCUCAGGCAGUCAGGAAAUUCCAGGUUCCUACCCUGUUUUGGUCCCACUUCCCAUUCCACGACUGGGGUCAUAUUUCCACCCAGUUUUCAAGAUGGGACUCUGCCUUAUUCCUACCAGCUUUGCCUCUCCUCAGAAUCUAGAAAGAAUGAAUUUACCUUCCUGGCACCAAAUAUUCAUAUUGCUGAGAAUGUGCUUUGUGGUGAAAAAUCUGUGGCACCUCUUGCAAGCAAUACAGGAAAAACAUUACACCCUGAGGUGGAGAAUAAUGAAAAGCAAGCACAACCUAACACAGACUGGCGUUUCUCUCAGGCUCAGAGACCAGGAACUAGUGGAUCUCAGAAUGGAGAUGAAAAUGGAACUUGGCCAAACAAUCAGUUUGAUACUGAAAUGCUUCAGGCUAUGAUUUUGGCAUCAGCAAAUGAAGCUGCUGCCGCCGCCGCUGCUAAUCCAGAUGGGAAUUCCACUCUAGGAGGAGGAGCCACCGCGGGCACCAUGGGCCUCAGCACCCGGUAUGGCCCACAAUUCACCCUUCAGCAUGUUCCUGACUACAGGCAGAACGUAUACAUCCCUGGCAGCACGGCUACCCUCUCCAAUUCCUCUGGCAAGCGUGAUGGAAAACCUGCAGCCUCUGGAGGGGGAAAUAAGAAGAAAUCCGGCAAGAAGGAGAAGAAGUAGAACCCACAGGACCACCCAGCCACUUCCACGUUGAUCUAAAGGGCAGACUCUUCCAGCACUCCCCCAGUUAGUUCAUAGCCUAGGAUGGAAGAUGAAUGUGAAUUUGUGGUUAACCUUUUUUUUAAAUAUGGAACAUUGUGACUGUACAUUGUUGUUGCCAUCUAAGUUUAUGAGUAGAUGUACUGCUGUUAUUCAUGAUGAAAAAUAUCUGGAUAAUAACAAAUACAGUGUGUACUCUUUUGAGGACGAUCUAAUAUGCAAGGGUGUCAGAUCUUUGAAACAUUUUCUCUCCUGAAUGAUCUGCACCGCCAACAAAGUUUAGGAUGGGCUCUGCUCAUUGUAAAUAAUUAUUCUGAACAGAGUUUUUUAUUUAUAUAAGUUCCUCCAUUUUUACAAAAAUUCUCACUUUUCCAAAUUUUGAUAGAAGUUCUCGGGGGGAGGGUUAGACAUCAUUUCAGCUGGAAUCCUUGUUAUGACAUUGAUAGGGAGUGCUUUAGUUCCUGCUUUGUUUUAAAAGAAGUGUUUUUCCUGUAUUAUUACAAGGGAAUGAGAUUCAGCUACAUUGUAAACAUAUAUCUUUUUUACAAGUUUAACCAAUGGUGGCCAGAAAAAUUAAACUGAUAUUGUAAAUUCUGAGAAGCAAGGAGCGCAUUGCAAUGGGAAGCCUUCCAUGUACAGAAUAUGCCGUAGGUAUUAGCAAGACGGAGAACACUGCCAUUCAUGAUUGAUUUACAGUGAUCUCUAAAGAGGCAACACAUCUCAUCUACAACUUGGUCCAUUAAUAUGUACAUGUAUAGUAAAUGUUUUCUAGAACAAGUUGAAGAAAAAAGUCACUCACUUGUGAGCAUAGUGAGCUACUGCUCAUAUCUCUGCUUGACUCCUAAGGGAGAAGUCUUUGUUAACUGGAUGAGCUCUGCUGAUCUUAUAGGUAGAACAUUAAAAAUAGAAUGCUUUACAUUUUCUGCACAUCAAACUGCAUGCAAAUCACAUCACAUUUACAGGAGAGCUGACUCCACACCCAAGCUUGAAUUGGAAAAUUUACUGCAUGACAUGAACAGCAUGAUGUUAAUAUGCUCUCAAGUGCCCACAUCCUGGUGGAACCUCAGCACUGUCUGUGAGUAAAGUAACAAGAUGCAUUGCCCUGCCUCAGAGAGAUAGGGAAGCUUGUGUAUUUCAUUCCUCUGUGCAGUAUAGCCCCAAAAUAACAUUGGUUUGCUGGCCUUCACCAUCUGAUAUUAAAUAGACAGUGACUGAUUUGAGAAAGCUAAGGGACCAGGCUCAAUUAAAGUAUACUGGAAUUAGAAGUAGACAAUUGCAAAGCCAGUCACUUUAUUCCUGAGCUUGUUAUAAAUAUUAAACAAGUGACAAUGCAUUUGUGCAAUCAGGCAAUUUGAGACCCCUACCACUACCUCUUCUUGGAUAUGAAUAGAUCUUAAAAUGUUAAAAAUGCACACAAGUUGUGUUACUAUGUUUUGAAACUGCUGUACAGUAGCUCUUUUUAACUGCAUCAUUUCAUAGCCUAGUACUGACAGGAAGUAAGGUUUCCUAACUCUGGCCCAUUAUCACGUAAUGGUGCUUCGAGUCAGGAGGGAAAUUGUAAUGUUAUCUUGGCAGUGUUGGUUGCCUUUCUAGAUAUAUUGUAGGUUUCCUGUACUAUCUUAUGGUUUUCCUUAUCACAACAGCAGAGCCACAAAGGACCAGAGGAUCAUGUUUCCAGCAUGGAGGGCGAACCACUGGUCCAAGAACACUUUUUUUCCACUGUAAUAAAUAGCUUGCUUGAGAUAGUCAGAACAGGUCAGGCUAAACAUAUGACAAGUUUCCAAAGUUGCCUCCCAAACUGAUUGGCUGUGUCGUUGUCACCGCUAGAGCAUUUUAUGCACUAUUUGAUGCUUUCCCUGUGUCUAGAAAGUAGGAUUUGUCUCCAAGAAGUUUCUGUCUACAUAUGGGUUUUGUAGUGAUCCCAGUCACCUCUCCAUCAACUUUUUCUUUGGUGACUGCACUAGAAACAGUUUACAUAGUGAAAUAGAUGGCAAGCUAGUGGGAACUUCUGCAGCACGAGCCACGUUUAAAUGAAUGAGAGCAUGGUAGUCCUGUCAUGCAGCUCCCAUUUAUCUCAAUGCAGUUUGUGCAGGCACACUUCGGCUGGAUUGUGCCUAAAGCUUCUUAUGUAACCGAGUAGUUAUCAUGUGACCUUUCUCAAAGUUCUGUAGAUGAAUCUUAGUUGACCUUUUUUUCUUUUUUCAUCUACAAGCUGAAAGUAGUGUAGUGGUGCCUAGUGGUGUGUGUUUUUUAUUUGUUUAAUCUUAGUAAUUGAGUUGUGGACAUCAGUAUUUUUUAUUCCUUUGGAUCUUCUUCAUGUGUGUUCAUUGUGCUUUUAACUGUAUGUGAAUUGAAACACACUUACUUGUCCUUCCAAUGUGUCUAAUAUUGAGCUAUACUUAUAUAUAUGCUUAUAUCCUUCUUAUAUUCAUGUAACUGACAUUGAUGUGUUAACACGCAAGUUUUAUACUCUAAUAUUUAUAUUGCUCUUUUUUCUUUGGGAAAAAUAAUAAAAUCUUUUCUUCUGA